GCCCUGGUUGGGGCCGAAGCACUUCCGCGACUGCGCAGUGGCUGCCGCGUCCGGCCGGUCUGUCGUUGGCUUCCUUUAGAUCAAGAUGGCAGACCCUACCCGGCCACAGCGGAAGAUGUCGCGAGCCGGGGAGAGCCUGUAUGGGGUCCUGGGCCUGGAGAAAGGGGCUUCGUCAGAAGACGUCAAGAAGGCCUACCGGAAAUUGGCCCUGAAGUACCACCCGGACAAGAACCCGGACAACCCAGAAGCUGCAGAGAAGUUCAAGGAAAUCAACAGUGCCCACACGACGCUCAAUGAUGAGAACAAGCGCCGCAUCUACGACGCGUACGGGUCGAUGGGCCUUUACGUCUCGGAGCAGUUCGGGGAGGAGAGCGUCAAGUACUACUUCCUCAUGUCCAAGUGGUGGUUCAAGCCGCUGAUGGUGUGCUGCAGUCUCCUCACCUGCUGCUGUUGCUGUUGCUGCUGCUGCUUCUGCUGCGGGAAGUGCCGCCCCCCGGAGGAGGAGGAGGAGUCCUACAAGUACGUCAACCCAGAAGACUUGGAGGCUCAGAUCCGUGCUGAGGAUGGAGGUGCCGAUGCUAUCCGUUUGCAGCCCACCCCCAGCACCUCCCUACACACCAGUGAUGAAACUCAAAACCCCAAGCCGUGACCUUAGUCCAGCUGCCGGUCACAGCACAGCCCCCCUUUUUCUACAGCCAUUCCAGAGACAUUCCGGACCCAAAUUGCUGAGGAAGGCCUCCCACUGGACUCAGGGCAGAGAGUGCCCCCCCACUCAAAACUGGGGUGUCUUGCAGUAUCUGCCCUGUGUGGCCAAACGGCACAAUUUUUCUCAGGGAACACAGCCAAGGACUCGUCUGGAUGGUGGAGCUGGCUGGCUUUGGGGGAAGAUGGAGAGGCGGGCCGGGGUGUGUGGGGGCGGGGAGGCACAGCUCGGCUCUUGGGUCCUGGUGCCCCGCUCCCUUCUCUGGGGCGGGGGGGAGGAGGGUCGCUUCUUUUGGGCUGGAGUAGGGUCUGCCCGUCGGCCUUUCUCCAGUCCGAGUGGGUGGGUGGGGAGAGUCAGGUGCAUGGUUGUGCGGUGCUCCUCGCCCCUCCCUGCCACGCUGAGGGUUCCCUCCUGUAAGCCAGCCAGCCGUGGCAUCUGCCAGGGCGAGAGGAUGUACAUCACAUGGGCCAAGCCCUCCUCCUGGUGCCAAACGACUCCGGAGGGGCCAGCUCGAGGAGCGGAGAGAGGUCCCAGGGGCGCCCGCUCAGAGGACUGGCAGGACUGCCUACCGGCCUCUCCUGGUGCUCGGCUGCUCCAGUGGGCCUCGAGUGCUGUUGGGGAGCCAAACCCCCCCCCCUUUGGGCUCCCCUCACCCACGUCUAUGGGGUGGCCCUCCGGAAGGGCCGCUUUUCACACUGUGACAACGGAUUUUGUUAGAGACACAUCAGCUCAAUUAAACAUUUCUGAAGGAAGGA